UUCUAUAAAAUUGCUCACAGAUACAUGUGUUUUAAAAAAAAUCUUGCCUGGCUUCUCCUGUGUUACGAAGUACCACAAACAAACUUGUCAACUCCGUCAAGAAAUAUGAAUGGCUCCCAGGUCUGCCUCUUGCUGUACAGUGUAGUACUAAUGGGAUAUGGGGCUAACCCUGACACAACCAUGGGACCAUCUGUAACUACAGGUUUAACCACAGCAACAAAUCAAACCUCAACAACACACUCCACUAGGGCAACAUCUGUAACCAACAUCCCAGCAACCACCAACACACCAUCCAGAGCCUACACUAAGGCCAAUCCCAAUCCCUGUGCCGACUGUCUGUUUAAAGAGAUGGAUGCCACCAUCCUGCUGAUAGUGACGGGUUGCCUGGUGGUCCUGUGUACCAUCCUGCUGGUCUCCACCGUGGUGCUGUUAUACCAGGUGUUCCACCUGAAACACCAGCUAUGUAGCAGAACCAUCAGCAGCCACCCCACCCGCAGCAACGUAGACCUGGUGAGUGGUUCUGGGCACUGGGGCACUGGGCAGAAGACCAAGGAGAGGCCUGGCUCUGAGCCCAGUGAGACCAGCCUGAUGAUGCCAGAGCUCAGACAGACGCAGGAGGGGGAGAGGGGCAAGGAAGAGGAGCCAGAGAAGGAAGUCAAGGAGCAAGGGAAACAUGAGACGGCGAAAGCCACGCCCAAGAAGAAAGAGGAGGCGGCAGCCACAGCUAACGUCACGUCAGGAAGUGCUGAAAAUGGAGCGUCGACCCCCAGCCAGGAGAGCCCAGUCACCAACAACCAGCCUGCAGAGCCCUCUGACCCCGCAGCCACAACAGCCUCUCCUUCCUCCCAGGCCUUCAGUGAUGUGGUGGUGGGGUGAGUGGCGCACUCAUGGUGACCUUCUCAGACCGCAUACUGAUUGGUACAGCACAGUUUUAUACACCAGCUUCUAUUGACAUGCCCUAAAGAGACCAUCUGCUUUCGCACUGACAGGUGUUUGUGUAGACAAAUAGAGUGAUUUUUCAAUACCACAGUAGCUUUAUACACCAUGUUUGCAUUCUCAUUCAAAACUUAUGAAAUAAUUACUGUUAUGAUAAUGUAAUACACAUUCAUGUACAAGAAGAAGUUGACUAUAAUGUGAAUGUUUGAUAUUUGUAUUAAUUUGUAUUUUUGAAAAACAAAAAUAAAUAUUUGUUCAAAUGUAGAGCAUUCCUCAGUGUCACUGAUCAGAGGACUCGUAUUUUGUCUAGUGGAUAUAUCACAGCUUGCUUGUUGUCACAUUUCAUCUCCCAUUUCCCUCACUUCUUUUUUAGACAUUCUAAAUGCAAUAGAAAUGCUGUUAAUAUUACAAAAGCAGAAACAACCACCACCACCAGCACUGAACUGCAGUAUCAGGUCAAGUAAAGAGACUGCAUUAAGAGGAUUUUAAGCAACAAAGCUCUUCCAGAAACACUCUCACAAUGUAUUACUACAAUUCAACAUCACUUUCUUGGUCUUUUCUCUACAGUAAAGAAGA